ACUUUGACAGCUGUUUAUAACAUUUUAUUUAGAAACGCACGUGUAAAGGAAUACGCAAAAGAAAAUAAAGAAAAAUACAAAAGUGCACAAGAAUUUUAAUAAAUUAAGAAAAAAAAAACAUAAAAUUAAACAAAAUGAAGGUAAAAAUGAUAAGUCGUAAUCCGGAUGAUUUCGUGCGCGAAACUAAAAAUGAGCACCACAAAAUGCCUCGCAAUUAUGAUCCAGCAUUGCAUCCCAUGGAAACAGCCCGAGAAUAUGUUAGAGCUUUAAAUGCCACCAAAUUGGAAAGAGUUUUUGCCAAACCCUUUGUGGGUAAUUUAAGUGGCCAUCGUGAUGGUGUCUCCUGUUUUGGCAAGCAUCCCAAAAGCUUAACAACCUUGGCGAGUGGCGCUUAUGAUGGUGAAGUACGCAUAUGGGAUUUGGCAAAUCGUGAAAGUGUACGUAGUUUUGUAGCCCAUGAAGGUUUUGUGCGUGGCGUCUGUUAUAAUAUCAGUGGCGACAGAUUGUACUCGGUUGGCGAUGAUAAAACCAUAAAGGUGUGGAAUUCCCAAGCUCCGGAUGUAGGAGAUGAAGAUGAACCUAUAAAUACCAUAUUGAGCAGAUCUAUGAUUACUGGCAUAACACAUCAUCGCAAGGAAGCCAAAUUUGCUACGUGUGGAGAAUACUGUUCGAUUUGGGAUGAAAAUCGCAAUGAUCCCUUAAAAAAUCUAAAAUGGGGUGUAGAUACUCUGCAUCAUGUGGCCUUUAAUCCUGUUGAAACUUCGUUGUUGUCCUGCUGUGGUAGUGAUCGUAGCAUUAUAUUGUAUGAUGUAAGAGAAGCAAAUCCCUUAAGAAAAAUGGUACUCACCAUGAAAAGUAAUAAGCUGUCAUGGAAUCCUAUGGAGGCUUUUAAUUUCACAGUGGCUAAUGAAGAUUGCAACCUUUAUACUUUCGAUACACGUCAAUUGAAGAAUCCCUUAAAGAUUCAUUUCGAUCACGUUUCUGCGGUAACCGAUGUUGAUUAUUCUCCCACCGGUAAGGAAUUCGUAUCGGGCAGUUACGACAAAACCGUGCGCAUUUACCAUACCCAUCACAGUCACUCUCGUGAAAUCUAUCACACUAAACGUAUGCAACAUAUCGUAUGUGUUGCCUGGUCCCUGGACAAUCGUUACGUUUUCACUGGCUCCGAUGAAAUGAACAUACGCAUGUGGAAGGCUAAGGCUUCGGAAAAGCUAGGUGCCAUACGUCCCCGUGAACGUGUAGCCUUCAAUUACCAGGAAGCUCUUAAACAGAAAUAUGCUGCCCAUCCUCAAAUUAAACGUAUUGCUAGACAUCGCCAAGUACCUAGAAGCAUUAUGAACAAACAAAAGAAAAUGCGCGCUAUCAAGGACAAGGAGUUGCGUAAAGAGGCUAAUGUACGCAAUCACUCGAAACCGGGUGCAGUGCCAUUUGUGGGUGAAAGGAAAAAGGCCGUUUUAAAGGAGGAGGUUUAGUUCAAUUUGAAUAUGGUUUUUUCUUUUCAUUUCAAUUUAUUAGAGUUUGUAAGAUUUGCUGUAAGUAAUUAAAAAUGUAAACAAAAAAAGA